CUCAGGCUGAUUUCCAUGCUGUCCUUGUGUGUCCAUAGCAGAAUGGAGGCCAAUGCCACAUCCACUGCUGGGCUCAUGGCCAUACCUGAGCGACCACUCCGACUCAUCUUUGCUGGGGUCUGUGGCCUCAUCCUGCUGGUGGGGCUGCUGGCCAAUGGGCUGAUGCUGCUGGUGAUGGGCCGGUCCCAGGGUGCUGCCCGCCCACUCCUUGCCCUGACCAACAGCCUUAUGGUGAACAUCACGCUGUCCGACCUGCUCUUCCUGGCCUGUGUGGUGCCCGUGCUCCUGCUGAGCUUCCUGCGGCAGGACUGGUGGUUGGGCUCCACCAUCUGUAUCACCAGCCAGGCCGCCAACAGUGCCACCAUGUUCUGUACCUUCUACAGCAUGGUGGCCACGGCUCUUCUGCGCCACGUGGCAGUGGCCCGUCCCAACAUGGCCCUCCCGUCCUGCCUGGGUGCCCGCCUGCUGCUCUGUGGGGCCAUGUGGGUCCUGGGCCUCACCGCCUCGCUGCCCAACUGGCUGUUCCAGCAAGUGGUGGGGGAGGGGGAGGCCCGGGCCUGCCUCCUGCUCCUGAACCCUGCUCAGACCUCCUGCUACUUCAUGCUACUGGGGGCCCUGGCCUUUCUGCCCUGCACUCUGGGGCUGGGCUGCUCUUUCAGCCAUGUGGGCUGGCUCCUGUGGACACAGCCCCAGAGCCCUGGCGGAGAGAGCCUCCGCGAGCACCGGGAGAACACAGGCCUCAUCCUUGUAGUGCUGGUGGUCUUCAUGCUGAUGUGGGGGCCCUGCUCCGUGCUGGGCUAUGUGGCAGCUGUGGGGGACCUGCCUGCCACACCAGGGGCUUUCGUGGCAUCCAGCCUCUGCACCAUCCUGGCCUACUCCAAUUGUGCUGUCAGCCCCAUCCUCUGCUUCUACCUCUCCCGCCCCUUCCGGGCAGGGCUCAGGGACCUCUUCCACAGGCCAAUGGCGGGCAGGCGUCCCAGGGGUGGGGGAGGGGCUGGCAUGGCGAUAGAGAGUGUUCAGCCUAGUCAUGUCAGCGCCCCAGGAGGCCUGUGGGGUCUGGUGGGGGUCUGAGAGUAAAGGCUGAUGGCAGGGCUGAGAUUUGAGAGAGAUGAGAAAACUCUUAGUGAUCCCACCCCCUCCGUUUUACCAGUAGGGAAACAGAUCCAGAGCUGGAAGGUGGCCCAGCAAAGGUGACAAAGCAACUGAAUGUUGCUAUUCCACCUUGGGGCUCGGAGAGAUACCUAUAGGCUCCAUAACUUUCUAAGUGUAUGGCUUGAACAAGUCCCUUAAUUAAGUCCCUUAAUUUCCACAUGCCUCCGUUUUCUCAUCUGAAAAAGAGGAUCAGGAUAGUAUUUUCUUCAAGGGGUCGUUUUGAAGAUAA